GCUUCGGGUUCCGGCUGCGUUGGGAUUGCGUGCAGCUCGCAGAGACUAUGGCGUCCGGGCCUCACCCGACAGCGACCGCCGCCGCCGCCGCCUCUGCCUCGGCCGCUCCAAGCGCUGGCGGCUCCAGCUCCGGGACAACGACGACGACGACGGGAGGGAUCCUGAUCGGCGACCGCCUAUACUCGGAAGUUUCGCUCACCAUCGACCACUCGCUGAUUCCGGAGGAGAGGCUCUCGCCUACCCCGUCCAUGCAGGACGGGCUGGACCUGCCCAGCGAGACGGACUUGCGUAUCCUGGGCUGCGAGCUCAUCCAGGCCGCCGGCAUCCUCCUCCGGCUGCCGCAGGUGGCGAUGGCAACCGGGCAGGUGUUGUUUCAUCGUUUUUUCUAUUCCAAAUCUUUCGUCAAACACAGUUUCGAGAUUGUUGCCAUGGCUUGUAUUAAUCUUGCGUCAAAAAUUGAAGAAGCGCCUAGAAGAAUAAGAGAUGUGAUUAAUGUAUUUCACCAUCUACGCCAGUUAAGAGGAAAAAGGACUCCAAGCCCCUUGAUUCUUGAUCAGAACUACAUUAACACCAAAAAUCAAGUUAUCAAGGCAGAAAGGAGGGUGCUAAAGGAGUUGGGAUUUUGUGUUCAUGUCAAGCAUCCCCAUAAGAUCAUUGUUAUGUAUUUACAAGUCUUAGAAUGUGAACGUAACCAAACCCUGGUUCAAACUGCCUGGAAUUACAUGAAUGACAGUCUUCGAACCAAUGUUUUUGUUCGAUUUCAACCCGAGACUAUAGCAUGUGCUUGCAUCUACCUUGCAGCUAGAGCACUUCAGAUUCCAUUGCCAACUCGUCCCCAUUGGUUUCUUCUUUUUGGUACUACGGAAGAAGAGAUCCAAGAAAUAUGCAUUGAAACACUUAGGCUUUAUACCAGGAAAAAGCCAAACUAUGAAUUGCUGGAAAAAGAAGUAGAAAAAAGAAAAGUAGCUUUACAAGAAGCUAAAUUAAAAGCAAAGGGAUUGAAUCCUGAUGGAACUCCAGCUCUUUCAACCCUUGGUGGAUUUUCUCCAGCCUCCAAGCCAUCAUCACCAAGAGAAGUAAAAGCUGAAGAGAAGUCACCGAUUUCCAUUAAUGUGAAGACAGUCAAAAAAGAACCUGAGGAUAGACAACAGACUUCCAAAAGCCCUUACAAUGGUGUAAGAAAAGACAGCAAGAGAAGUAGAAACAGCAGAAGUGCAAGUCGAUCAAGGUCAAGAACACGAUCACGUUCUAGAUCACAUACUCCAAGAAGACAUUAUAAUAAUAGGCGGAGUCGAUCUGGAACAUACAGCUCGAGAUCAAGAAGCAGGUCCCGCAGUCACAGUGAAAGCCCUCGAAGACAUCAUAAUCAUGGUUCUCCUCACCUUAAGGCCAAGCAUACCAGAGAUGAUUUAAAGAGUUCAAAUAGACAUGGCCAUAAAAGGAAAAAAUCUCGUUCUCGAUCUCAGAGCAAGUCUCGGGAUCACUCAGAGGCUGCCAAGAAACACAGGCAUGAAAGGGGACAUCAUAGGGACAGGCGUGAAAGAUCUCGAUCCUUCGAGAGAUCCCAUAAAGGCAAGCACCAUGGUAGCAGUCGCUCAGGACAUGGCAGGCACAGGCGCUGACUUUCUCUUCCUUUGAGCCUGCCUCAGUUCCUGAUGUUGCCUGUCUGCAAUGUGUGAUGUAUGGACUCCAAAAAAUCAAAACAUUAAAGGCAAAUGGAUUAGGAUUUGAUUUCUUCAAAACCCUCUAGGUCUUUAGAAAUAUACUGAGGACAUUUUCUUUUGAAAAGAACUAUGUUAAAUUUUUUUUGCACAUUAAAAUGCCCUAGCAGUAUCUAAUUGAAAACCAUGGUCAGGUUCAAUUGUACUUUAUUAUAGUUGUGUAUCGUUUAUUGCUAUAAGAACUGGAGCGUGAAUUCUGUAAAAAUGUAUCUUAUUUUUAUACAGAUAAAAUUGCAGACACUGUUCUAUUUAAGUGGUUAUUUGUUUAAAUGAUGGUGAAUACUUUCUUAACACUGGUUUGUCUGCAUGUGUAAAGAUUUUUACAAACAAAUAAAAUACAAAUCUUGUUUUU